ACAGUCGCCCACGUGCUUGGUUGUCCUUUGGUACUGACCAUGUCCAAGUCCCUGAAAAAGUUGGUGGAGGAGAGCCGAGAGAAGAACCAGCCGGAAGUGGACAUGAGUGACCGCGGUGUCUACAACAUGCUGGAUGUCAACGGCUUGUUCACUUUGUCCCAUAUCACACAGUUGGUCCUGAGCCAUAACAAGCUAAGAACUGUGCCACCAAACAUAGCGGAACUGAAGAACUUGGAAGUGCUCAACUUCUUUAAUAACCAGAUUGAGGACCUGCCCACACAGAUCAGCAGCCUUCAAAAACUCAAGCACCUGAACCUGGGCAUGAAUAGGCUGAACACUCUGCCUCGAGGGUUUGGCUCCUUACCAGCUCUUGAAGUCCUGGACUUGACUUACAACAACUUGAAUGAAAAUUCUCUUCCUGGAAACUUCUUCUGCCUUACCACCCUGCGUGCACUCUAUCUCAGUGACAACGAUUUUGAAAUCCUGCCGCCAGAUAUUGGGAAGCUCACAAAGUUGCAGAUACUCAGCCUUAGAGAUAAUGACCUGAUCUCUCUGCCCAAAGAAAUUGGGGAACUUACCCAGCUUAAGGAACUCCACAUUCAGGGAAACCGCCUGACCGUUCUGCCCCCAGAAUUAGGAAACUUGGAUCUAACUGGUCAGAAGCAAGUGUUUAAGGCAGAGAACAAUCCCUGGGUUACUCCAAUUGCCGACCAGUUCCAGCUCAGGGUCUCCCAUGUUUUUGAAUAUAUCCGUUCUGAGACAUACAAGUACAGGUGGAGCUUGUUCUUUGUUCAUCUGCUAUGA